AACACACAAUGCCUUCCUCUCGCACCUCCAGUGACAGAAGCGGAUCUGUUGGAUCCCACGACUACUACAAGAAGCCCUCGAUCAGCACCAAGGCUGAUCCCAACGUUGCCAUGAACGAAGCGCAGCCAAUGGCAAAUAUCGGCGGAAGCACAUUCUCCCUACGAGCCAUCCAACAUCUCGAUCGCGAGGGCAGAAUCAUCGCUGAACCUGACAUCUCCAACCCUACCCGUCACCGAUUCGAGCGCCCUCUUGACACCAUCCGUUCCUUUGAGGCAGCUAUCGAGACACACCGUCGAGAGAACAUGAUGCGAUAGAUGCUCUUCUGCCGACUGUGAUAUUAUGAUGUUUGAUUAUUAGCGGGGUGUUUUGUAUUUUAGUAGCGACUUGUGUAUAUGGGUAUGGGUAUGGGUACUAUUGUUGAUAUCAAGAAUACAUUGUGCAUACAUAUCAGACCUUCCUCAUCGUAAGAUUCUUCACACAGAAU